AUGCGUUUUAAGGCCCCCGCUGUUACUGUUGUCCUCCCAGGUUACAGCCUGAGUGAGGAGGUUGCUGCUGCUGUUACUCCACAUCCAGGCUUCCCCAAGCCCUCUUCCGCCCUCAGCGCAGGGCAGCCACACAAGAGUUGGCUCGAUUCCAGGGAGGCUCUGGUCCUGCAGCCACCUGCGGGGCGGCCCUCGUGGCCGGGAUGCCACUGUGUGCCGUGCCAGUCCACAGUGGACGGUGAGGGCCAGGAGGAGGGGGCCGAGUGCAGGAGCCUGAGAGGUGGCGGCCCGCACCAAACAGGAGAAAUGAACCUCUGCUGGAACGAGAUCAAACGCAAGUCCCACAACAUCCGGGUGCGGCUGGAGGCCUUCUCCGACAACAGCGGGAAGCUGCAGCUCUCCCUGCAGGAGAUCAUAGAAUGGCUGACAGCCAAGGACGAAGAGUUGUCGGAGCAGCUGCCCAUAGGAGGCGACGUGGGGUCCGUCCAGCACCAGAGGGAGUUCCACCAGGCAUUCAUGGAGGAUGUCAAGUCUCGCGGGCCGUUCAUCUACUCAGUCUUGGAAUCUGCCCAGGUCUUUCUGGCUCAGCAUCCCUUCCAGGAGCCAGAGGAGACCCUGACCGAAGAAAAAGAGGUGUCUCCACGCCGGCGAAUCUUAAACGUGAGCCGCUCGGUGUGGAAGCAGGCAAACGUGGCCAGUGACCUGUGGGAGAAGUUGACUGCACGCUGUGUGGAUCGCCAUAGACACAUGGAGAGGACAUUAGAGCGUCUACUACAGGUCCAGGCAGCGAUGGAGGAGCUGGCAGUGGCCCUGGAGCAAGCAGAAGGGGUGAGAGACGCCUGGGAACCCGUCGGAGAUCUCUUCAUCGACUCCCUGCAGGAUCACAUAGACGCCACCAAGUUAUUUAAAGAGGAGCUAACUCAAGUGAAGGAGGGCAUGAAGCACAUCAAUGAUCUGGCCCACCAGCUGGCUAUCUCCGAUGUCCAUUUGUCGAUGGAGAACGCCCGAGCCCUGGAGCAUCUCAACAGCAGAUGGAAAGUGCUUCAGGCUUCCAUAGAGGAGCGGCUGAAGCAGCUUCAGGAUGCACAUAGAGACUUUGGCCCCGGAUCGCAGCACUUCCUUUCCAGCUCGGUGCAGAUACCGUGGGAGCGUUCCAUUUCCCCGAACAAAGUGCCCUACUACAUCAACCAUCAGGCCCAGACAACGUGCUGGGACCAUCCAAAGAUGACAGAACUGUACCAAGCACUGGCGGAUCUGAACAACAUCAAGUUCUCCGCAUACAGAACGGCCAUGAAGCUGCGGCGAGUUCAGAAGGCUUUGAAAUUGGAUUUAGUGGCACUGAGCAGCCUCGUGGAGGUGUUUCGGGAGCAGGAGCUGCAGCAGGGGGAGCAUGUGAUGGACGUGGUGGAGAUGAUCCACGGCCUGACGGCUCUGUACGAGAGGCAGGAGGAGGAGCAGUCCGUCCUCGUCAACAUUCCCCUUUGCGUCGACAUGUGUCUUAACUGGUUGCUUAACGUCUACGACAGUGCUCGUAAUGGCAAAGUGCGCGUUCUCAGUUUCAAGAUGGGAUUGGUAAGCUUGUGCAAUGCAGACGUCCAAGAGAAGUACAAAUAUUUAUUCCGUCAAGUGUCUGGUUCGGGAGGUUUGACAGACCAGCGUCACCUCAGCCUGCUGCUCCAUGAAGCCAUCCAGAUCCCCCGACAGCUGGGGGAAGUCGCUGCUUUUGGGGGCAGCAACGUGGAGCCCAGCGUCCGCAGCUGCUUCCGCGUGGCCCCAGGGAAACCUGCUAUUGAGGUGUCUCACUUCCUGGAAUGGAUGAGCCUGGAGCCCCAGUCGAUGGUGUGGCUGCCUGUCCUCCACCGUGUGGCUGCGGCAGAGUCGACCAAGCACCAGGCCAAAUGCUACAUCUGCAAACAGUGUCCCAUCAAGGGCUUCAGGUAUCGUAGUUUGAAGCAGUUCAAUGUGGACAUCUGCCAGACAUGUUUUCUAACCGGCCGCACGACCAAAGGAAAGAAGCUGCACUACCCCAUCAUGGAGUACUACACACCGACAACCUCGGGAGAGAAGAUGAGGGACUUUGCCAAGACUCUGAAGAAUAAGUUCAGGUCAAAGCAGUACUUCACCAAGCACCCGCAGAGAGGUUACCUGCCGGUGCAAUCUGUGCUGGAAGCCGAGAGCUCGGAGACGCCGUGCUCCUCCCCCAAGCUGCCCCAUGCAGACACACACAGCAGGAUUGAACAUUAUGCCAGCAGAUUGGCUGAAAUGGAGAGCCAGAAUUGUUCGUUCUUCACGGAUAGCCUGUCUCCUGAUGAAAGUCUGGAUGAAGAUCAGUACCUCCUGCGUCACUCCAGCCCAGCCCUGGACCAUGACUCUCCCUGCGGACAGCACAUGAUGCUGGCCCACCUGGAGCACCAGGACAAGGAGCAGCUCCAAUGCACCUUGGCCCGCCUGGAGAAUGAGAACAGGGUGCUGCAGAGCGAGUACAGAAGGCUCAAGUGGAAGCACGAAGAGGCGGCGGCGGUUCCCAUGCUGACUGAGGCUGGAGAGGACGGCCCAGGUUCACCCACGGAGGGUGGGCAGCAGGAUGAGGAGCUCCUGGCCGAGGCACGGGUCCUCCGGCAACACAAGACGCGGCUGGAGACUCGCAUGCAGAUCCUGGAGGACCACAACAAACAGCUGGAGUCCCAGCUUUGCAGGCUGAGGGAGCUACUGCUACAGCCCAAAGAUGACUCGGAAGCCAACGGAUCAGAGCCGUCAACCCUGUCUUCUCCUAUCUCUGGAGGGGGUCACCACGGGGAGCCGGCCAGCAGAGAGACCACUGACACUGAAGCAGCAGGUGAUGAUAUGGAGCACGAACAAGACACAGUGCUGCAGCUCCAGGAAGUCAUCGAGCAGCUGAGAAACGUCUUCCCUUCAGAACCGGGCACCACCUCACACAUCUAA